UAUCCCAGCAGGAAGUUCGGCAGCUGGGCUUCUCAUUUGAGAAGUGUCGGUCGUACGACGACGACUCGAAGCCGGCGGCGAUGCCCUGAUGAGAGGCCGGUCGAGAGGGCUCUCAGCCGCGUACAGCAGCCACGGUUAUUUGCCAAAACCAUGUUCGGAGUCCCGCCAUGGAGACACUCUUUUGAGUCCACCGCCUGGUGCUUUUGUGAACUGUUGACGCCGAGGGGUGACACGCUGUGGUCGGCAUGGCCAACGUCAAAGUGGCGGUUCGAGUCCGACCGCUCAACGCGAGGGAAAGUGCAGAUGGGGGGAGGCUGGCAGUCCAGGUGGAGGACAAGUUUGUGAGGAUCCAAAAUGUCAAGUUGGACCCACGCGCCGAUCACGCCGCGGAUUCUAGGGAGAAGCUCCUGGAGUUCCGCUUCGACUACUGCUACUGGUCGGUGCAGCCCGAGGACCCCCGCUGUGCAACGCAGGAGGAGAUAUUCCAGGACUUGGGUGCGUCUGUGCUGGCGGGAGCUUCCGAGGGCUACAACGUGUGUCUGUUCGCUUACGGCCAAACGGGAUCUGGCAAGACGUACACUAUGAUGGGCACGCCGGACUCCACCGGUUUGACGCCUCGGAUCUGCCAGGCCCUGCUCCGGUCUCAGGAUACGCUUCCCGACGGGCAGAACUCCAGCAGGGUGGAGAUCAGUUUUCUGGAAAUCUAUAACGAGCGAGUGCGAGACCUGCUGGGCGCCGGCGAGCAGAAGAAGAGAGCCUCGCUAAGAGUCAGAGAGCAUCCCGAGAAAGGGCCCUACGUGCAAGACCUGUCGCAGCAUGUGGUGUCAAACUGCCAGCAGGCCAUGGACCUCCUGGAGGCGGGCGUCGCCAACCGCAUCACGGCGGCGACGCACAACCACGACGCCAGCAGCCGCUCGCACGCCAUCUUCACCAUCCAGUACACUCAGGCCUCACUUGAGAACAAUCGUCCUUCAGAAACCGUCAGCAAGAUCAAUCUGGUGGACCUGGCCGGGAGUGAGAGAGCGGAUCCCAACUACUGCAGAGACAGACUAACUGAGGGCUCCAACAUCAACAAGUCGCUGGUCACGCUGGGCAUCGUCAUUUCCGCCUUGGCCCAGAACUCGCAGAUGUCCAGCAGCUGCCAGAGCAUCAACAGCGUGGCGUCGGAGGGCGACGGCAGCACGGCGGGAAGCCACAGCAGCUUCCUGUCUGGUGGUGCAAGUGCGGGCAGGAGGCACUGCUUCAUCCCUUACAGGGACUCUGUCCUCACCUGGCUGCUGAAGGAUAGCCUGGGGGGCAACUCCAAGACCAUUAUGAUCGCAACCGUCUCCCCCUCCGCCAGCAGCUACAACGAGACUCUCAGCACCCUGCGCUACGCUGCCCACGCCCGAAAUAUCGUCAACAAGCCCCGGGUCAACGAGGACGCCAACGUGCGGCUGAUCCGGGAGCUGAGGGAAGAGAUUGACCGGCUGAAGAGCAUGCUGCUCACCUUUGAAAUGCAGCGUGAUCCCAGUCCGUCCCUGAGUGACGAGAGAGAGGGGACGCUGUCGGACAUCGUGCUGCAAAACGAGAUGAAGGUGGAGCAGCUGACCAAAGACUGGUCGGAAAGUUGGCGGGACAAGCGAGAGCUGCUGGAGCAGUACAGCGUGGACAUCAACCGGGACCGCGCCAGCUUCCUGAUCAACUCGCUGAGGCCGCACCUGCUCGCCCUGGAUGGGGACGUCCUCAGCACCGGCGUGGUCUUGUAUCACCUCAUGGAAGGAGUUACCCGCAUUGGACCCAAAGACCAGUUUGAAGAACCACAAAUAGUUCUGCCAACUGGUGCCAACUGUGAGAUCCAAAACGACGGUGGUGUGGUCACGCUGAGGCCGCUGCCGGGUUGCACCUGCCUCCUCAACGACAGGGAAAUCACUGAGCCCUGUAGGCUGGCGCAAGGAACAGUGAUCACCUUGGGAGGGCUUCAUAAAUUUCGCUUUAACCACCCAGCGGAGGCGGCGGUCCUCCGGGAGCGGAGACGCAGGGCAAGUGAAGGCAGCUACGUUGACAUUUGCCCUCAGACCUUUGACCACCGCAAAGAAGAAGAAGGGCUGCCUGCGGUGUGUUUGUCCCUUGGCGAGGAGUCCACUGCCAGGCGGCAUGUGGAGGAGCAGCAGCGCUAUGUGGAGGGUUUGCGCCAGGAGAUUGGCUCUGAGCAGAGGCGGACCGAGAAGGAGCUGGAGAGGGAGCAGGCCCAACUUCGGCAGCAGCACAGCGAGAUCCACCAGUGGAUCCUGCAGAAGAAGCGUGACCUGUUAGCUGCUGAGGAAGGAGUCACUCAGGACCUUGGAGUUCAAACGGACUCCCAUCCGGACCCCCUUCUGGAGCGCCUCAACAGAUAUGUGUUGGACGGUCAGGAAGUUCAGACAGAGAAUUGUCCGUCACUGGUUGUCAGGGUCAGGAAGACGGCAGUCCAGGAGGAGCUACUGAAGCAUCACGCCCUGUGUCGCGCGGAGAGCCGCAUUCACCGGAAGAAGCUGCAGUUCCAACUGGAGAGAGUUGCCCGCAAGAGGCGUCUGUUGGAAGCAAAGAGAGUAUUGCAGCAACUGGAAAAGGCCCUACCCUCUGGAACGGAGACCCCCGAGGAGGGGUUUCCACCGAAGUUUGUUUCUCCAAAACCUUCCUUCUCCGUUGAUCUUGUGUCCCGCCUGUACCCACAACAUACCCCAAUCUUCAAACACUUCCUGAAGAGAAAGAAAUCCACAGAACUGACUUCAAAUUUCAGAUCUCCUGCAUGUGUUCGGAGCAGGAAGUGGGUUUCAGAUGAGUGCCUCCCCCGGGAAAGGACCUGGAGUUGCUCUGACACACUUCCUUCAGGAGUAAGUCAGUCCUGCCAUGGAAGAGGCAGAUCCUCCGAAAACAUUGCACUGAAUUCCAAGGAGGAGGAGAAUUCCGUGGAACCGCAAUGUCGGUGGCGCACUGAACGAAAACCCCUGCUGCCACAAAGAGAAUUGUCUUUUAAGAACAGAUCAGACCAGAACACGGCAGCUCCACCAAAGUUGCCCCUUUGUAUCCCCGUGCAGCCGCUCGGCAAAGAAAAUGUCGCAACCACCAUACCAAUAAUUCCUUGCGUUGAUGUAAAAAGACAAACACAGUCGAGUGUCAGCAGAAAAUACUUCGCUAAUUCUGUGGAUCCCAAAGUGUCGCAAAAACUGCCAUCGGUUUCAAAUGACCCCAAAGUUGUCGGAAAGACGGCCAAUCGAUCUCUUAGAAGCUAUGAAGAUAGUGAUGUGAUGAGUGGAAGUCCCAUUAAAACAGCCAUCUCUUGUGAAGAGCUCGAGCAGAGCAAUCCAUUAGCGUGUCCGAAAAGGUGGCACAGCACAGAGGCUCUGAGGAACAAGACAGGCCAGUGGUUGGAGAGACAGCAACGAUGGAAGGAUAAAUGUGAAUGGAAAGUAGUAGAGGAACGGCAGGAAGGUUCCUCUGACUCUGACAGCAUCUUCUCCCUCGAUUCUUUGUCCUCUGCAUAUGCAACGGCUCUUGUUGUACAGCUGAACAGUGAGGAAGUGGCUGAAAGCGAAACAGAGAGCGAAGACAGUGAAAUGUCGAAAGACUCGCUCGCGGUGGGCAAGUGCUCUGCUGUAACGAGCUCUUGCCAGAAAGUGGUUCCAACGUACUCUUUGGUGACAGAUGCCUGUUGCGGCAAUAGUAUAAUGGCAAUUGGGCCAGAAUGGGGCAGCUGUCAAGAUCCUAAAGCUAUCCCCGCAGAGAUGCACCGGAGCCAGCAAGAUUCCCUUAAAUCAAGACCUGAAAUCGCGGUAGUAGACACUUUUAGAGAUGUACAAGAUAACAUUGGUCAACCAGGUCUCCCUGGUUCUGUCGUUGCAAGGCUGUCCGAGAACCUGCCGCCACUGAUGGACGCCUGCUCUUCCCUUGACGUGGUUGGCAGUUCUGGGCUGCGCCGAGACUCUCCUUCGCCACGAAACGAAAGCAGCAAAUCUUCCAGCCCAGUCAGCGCGAGCGUUUCAGAUGGCCCGAGUCCGUCUCGGGGUUAUAGCUUAACAUCGUCCGCACAGGUUUUGAAUGACCAACCAACCAAGGAGCUGAUGUCACAGAAAGAGAAAGAACAGCCAGACAGUGGGACCGAGUAUUUAGUCGCGGAUCCUCUACGUCUGCCCCACAAACUUGAAAAUGGUGUUGCGACUGACCUACGUACCUCAGGUUGUCAGACAGAACUCCAUCUGUUAAGAAACUUUUCGGGGUUAAGUCAAGAAUCUACAACAGACUCUUCAACUUCUUUUAAGGCUUCCCACAAAAAUGAAGUGCGACACGGUGAAGUUGUUACACACCAACAGUCUGAUCUGUCCGGCCAUCAGAUUACUAAAGAUUCUUCCCUCACAAAGGCUGACUCAUCAGACCGGAAUGACACCAAAGAUGUCGAUGCGACAUAUUUUCCCUUGCAGCAUGACUCAUCUGGUAAAAAUUCCAGGAAGAGAAACCAAGAGCAGCAGGAGGCUUUUGUGGGGAGCCUGAAAAUUCCAAAAAGAAGCCCUUCACCUGUUGACAACCGGGGAGCUACUUCCUCUGAUAACAAUAACAUGCCUAACUUGAAAAAAGAACACUGUGAUGAAGGAAUCUCCAACUGUGGAUUUGUCUCUGCUGGCAUUUCUGAUCCCACACCGAAAAAACUUGUGACUGACCCCUCUGUCGCCGAUAUUAAAGUAGAACAUGCAGCAAUAAAACAAGUGGUUGCUGAUACAACGGAGGCAGCAUGUCACAGCGAUACUCUUGGAAGAAAGUAUAGCUGUCAGUCUGAGGCCAUUUGUAGCGCCAUCGACUUGAGAAUUGCACAAGUGGUCCAAGAGCAUUUAAAGAUGUCACUCAUUGGCAGCAAUGGCAGCAGAAGCAGCCGGAGUCGCAGCCUCGUCUCCGAUUGUGAUCAUCAGAGAAUCAACCAAGUAAUGAAACCUACGCAAGAUAACGGGAGCGAUCAGGUCAAAGAAUUGACCGACGAUGGAGAAACUACCAAAAGGAGACUUGCGGCUACUGAAGUAAAAACUGUUGCUUCAUUGGCAACAUUUGAGAAAAGGCAAACUGGCCGCGAAGUGCAAGGCGGCUGCACCGAUGAUGCGAGACAACCAAAAUCUGCUGUGCCGCAGCUUUGCAUUACCAAAGGCAACUGUCGUGUGGAAGGCACAUCCAGUAUUGACUGUUGUCGCACAUGCAACACACAAUUACCAAAGAAAGUUGAGCACCCCCACAAGUUAUCCUCUGAUGGAGGUAAUUUUACUGAUGCCACAUCUGGGAAUAAAGCUUCUGCCAAAGGGCGAGAUCAGUCCAGCAGUCCGUGUUUGAAUGACCAUUCUCAGUCUUGUGGGGCCAGUAGGAAUUACAACACCAGCAACAAAUGUCAAGGUUGUCCGUGCAAAUUUGCCAAAGUCCAACAUAAAGGACCUUGUGUGACCAGUCAGUCUGAAGUGUAUGUCACAGAGAGGUUUUCAGCAUUAAGGGAUGAAAAGGCGGUCACCAAUGUAAGUGAUUGUGGAUCUGAAAUGGUCACUAUUGGCACACAGUGUGAUUCGUCUCUGCUGAAUAAAAAUAACAAGUCCAAAAGGUUCCGGAGGACAAAAAUACAUCUUCCCCCUUGCGCUUCCUUUCAGACAUCAUCAUCAGAUGAAGAUCAAACCUCUAGCAAGCGGUCAUUUUCUCAACUACUACUUGAGAGUGAAGGCAAACCAGAUCUCAGACAAUCUAAUGCUGAGAUUUCCAACACGAACUGCAAGAUGGAUCCGAAAGAAGACGAUGCAUUUUCCAGAGAAAGCUUCUCGUUACCUCCACAAUCAAUUUCACCGAGGACCAAUGACCUGCGGAGUGCAGACAAGUCUCAGGAAUCUCACAUGCGUUUUUCCUCUAGCGAUGUCAACCCAUUUGUUCAUCAGUGGCAAGAUGGUGACCGAUCAUGCUGCAAGAACCCCGCCUUCGGCAGUGCUGCCAAUCUGUCGCGCAAAUCCCCGCUUUUGAACGCCGCUGAAAAACGCAUACAAAGGUGCUGUAGCGUCGAUAACGACUUAAACGGACAGAACUUGCCCUUCAAUUCCCAUCUGAGCACCUACGCUGCUCACAAGGGGCUCUCCAGCACGCUUAGCAGCAUUGAACCAACAGUCAACAUCACUUUGUCCGGCGGGUUUGUCUACUCCUCUGAUCCAGAGUUAAGCCAAAACUCCUCCCAGAGGUCCACAAAUAAACACGGCAUUCAUAUCCAACUGGUCGAGCGGGCCGCUCUACGGAGGAGGGAGAGGCACAAAAGGAGCCAAACGGACGUUCCGAAGACCCCGAUUCAAAUGAACAAGUUCCUGACAUGGAACAGUAUGGAAAGCAUGUCUGUCCACCUCUCGAAGCUGAUCCACAGCACCUCGGACCUGCUCGGAGAUGUCCAGGGAAUGCGGACGGGUCGUGUCAGCGGGCUAAGUUCUCGACCGAUCCCAAAUAUCAGCGUCGACUGCUCGACUCAAUCCGCCUCGGAUGUUGGUGUUCAGACAGAAAGAUGUUUGAUACCCACAAACACGGAGAGGCACCAAAGGUCUGAAUCACACGAGAUCAACGUGACACUGAGACUGAUUGGUGCUGAGGUCCUUUCACCAGACAAAGACCCUCUUGGUUUGGAGGAAACAACUGAGACUGGUGACAAGGAAGUCAGGACAUCUAAUGAUGUCCAACAAGGGACUGCUUCUUUAAAAAUGCUGCCUUUCGGAUACCAAAGACAAAUAAGAUCCACUCCCAUCAAAAAAACCUCGCCUGAGAUGUCGCACCAUCGUCUUACCGCCGCCUCUGAAAAAAGCUGGAGACCAAACGGAUGCCCAGAAAACCAAAUCUCUUGUGAGAGAAAUUCGUCAAAGCCUGCAACUACAUUCACAGAUCGGGCAUCAUCCCCCAUUGUCACUGUGAGUGUACGGCAACCGUUGAAGACUGGAGAAAGACAUCCGAAUGGAUGCAUGGAAGAGAAAAGCUUCCCUGAAUAUCCUUGCAGGUCAUCGGGACUUGAUUGUGGCAUUUGCUCUGCUAAAACACCCCAGAAGGUCUGUGAAAAGAGUGGCUCAAGUCUUAAAGACGCAGAGGAUUGUUUUCAAAGCUCACCGAUGGACGUAACUCCUCGUCGCAAUGGGAAUACCGACCCUCUGCCCAAAUGGAACUCUUCACAGAGUUCUCACUGGCAGAGAAAAGUCUCUCUGCAGAACUACGCCUCUGCCACAGAAAAGGAGGCCGACGCUCCUGUCAUCCAAUCCAAAGCCAUACAAUCCACCAAACUGGCCCAGCAAAGGCCUAAAGGGGUUCCUUUUUCUGGCAACGCUUGCAGUUCAUCUCCGGCGGCAUCCCCAACGCCAAGUGAGUGUAGUACUGACAUCUUGGUGAAUGCUAAACCAAUCGCCAGAGUGGACACCGAGACGCUGCCCGAGGACCUGCCCUUGCACAAUAAGUUCACCAACUGGUCCGGCAUCAAUCCUCUGCAAUCCAAGCGCUGCGGUUUUUCUGACGCGUCCGAGAGUUACACUUCUAACUCUGGAGGAAGGUUAAGAGAGAUCGAGUGUCUGCGUCAGGAAAGGGAGCAUGUAAUGGCUUCCAUUGGCCUUGGGGCCAACACCACACCGUUGACCGUGGAGCUUGCUGAGGCCAAGCUGCACUACGGCCUCGGAGAGACGGACGCGCUGCUCAAGAUGCUGUCUCCCAGGUCCACAGAGGAUGUCACAGUGAAGUGCGUGUCCUCCACCCUUGGAAAACAGCAGCUUGGGGAUCGACACCGUUUGAGCAUCGAAGGAUUGCACAAAAAGACGGAGGAGCGUCCUCAAACAAGCCGCCGGGCUCGCAGCCUGAGCCCCCGCAGACAUCAUCUCGGAAGUCCUCCAGCCACUCCCGACCGACAGCUGAAGCCAACGAACGGCCGAGUACGAGACCCGGCGAGCGGCGGUAGCACGUACCCGUCGGACAUUGAGCAGCUGCUGCGCGAAUAUGGCCGCGCUCGGCAGGAAGCCAUGAGUGAGAUCGCCAAGGCGAGGGAGCGACUGCGUGAAAGGACCGAACAGGAGAAGAGACGGAUUCAACAGCAGGCUUUAUCUCCAGAGUCCAAGGAUGACCUGAGGCAUGGAACCAGGAUCAGCAACAGCACCUUGUGCACCGGAUCCAGCCUGAGCCUGUCAUCUGGACCCACGUCAGGGUACAACAGUGGCAACGCUCUGCAACUGCAACACGGCCACAGACUACCUCCUGGACAUACCACCACAUUUCUGGAGAAGGGUGAGAAAGUUGCCUCACGAAUCUCCAUUUCUGCUCAGGACGUCCGUGUUGAUCCCUUGAUGACCACGUCAUCAUCAUCUCCACCGUCUUGUACUCGACAUCGCGCCGCCUCUUUUGGCUCCUCCUGCUCCUCCUCCACUUCCACCGGCUAUCAGGACAUCACGGCAACGCUGCUGGGCCGAGCUCUGGCUGAGGUCCGACUGGCUUCCUGCGGUGAUUUGAGCAACCUCGUGAAGGGGAAAGCUUCUGUUGGCUGGAGACACCAGGGAGAAGAGCGAGGCAUCCAGGCUUACUACAGGGCAUCGUCGAGCCCGUCGGUGCACGCCUUCCUGGGGGCGGUGGAGCUGGACGGAACCCCGAAGCGCCUGUGGACUGUCCUUCGCCAGCCCCGCAACGCUCAGGACUACCACCCGUCCGUGCGCACCGCGUGGAGUCGCCCUCUAGAUGGCAGCACUCACCUAGUCUACCUUUUGACAGACGUGUCCACCUGCUGCCACCUCAGCCAGCCGCGAGACUUUUGCUGCAUCAGCGCUGAGUCCAAACAGGGCGAUGUCAACGUGCUGGCCAUGCAGUCGGUAUCGGACGAGUCCCUCCCACGUCCCAGCCCCAGCGCUGUCCGAGGCGAGAUGAUGCCCAGCUGCUGGCUCCUGCAGCCAAUCAGAUGCGGGAGCAGACAGGAGGCCACCCGGGUAGUCUACCUGCUGCAGGUGGACUUGGGCACAUCGUCUUUCCCGCCGCAGCUCGCGGGCGCGGUGGCCAGGAGGCAAGCGGCCAUCUUGGCAGACCUCAUCGACGCAGUGAACACGUGAUCGGCUGUCCGCGCCUCGCAUCAGAGGCAUUCCAGCACUUCAUUUUUGCACCUGACAUUUUUUAAUUAUUUAAUUGAGUUUUUAUUUUUUUAUUUUUCUACACUAGAGCGCUAUUUCUUUACGCGCAGUUUUAUUUUUAUACAUAUGAAGGUUGGGUUUGUUUGUUUGUUUGUUUGUUUGCUUUCUACAAUCACAAUGCUAAUU